UACACCAGGUGAUCGACUCUCCUCUCCCCGAUUGGACCCACUGUCCUCUCCUGAAUUUGGUCCACUGUUCCCUACACUAGCGGAUCGACUCACCUCUCCACGACUGGGGCCACUGUCCUCUCCUGUAUUUGGUCCACUGUUCCCUACACCAGGGGAUCAAAUCUCCUCUCCCCAAAGGAAGCCACUGUCCCCUACACCAGUGGAGCCACUGUCCUCUCCUGAAUUUGGUCCACUGUUCCCUACACCAGGGGAUCGACUCUCCUCUCCGCGGUUGGACCCACUGUCCUCUCCUGAAUUUGGUCAACUGUUCCCUACACCAGGGGAUCGACUCUCCUCUCCCCAAAGGAAGCCACUGUCCCCUACACCAGUGGAGCCACUGUCCUCUCCUGAAUUUGGUCCGCUGUUCCCUACACCAGGGGAUCAACUCUCCUCUCCGCGAUUGGACCCACAGUCCUCUCCUGAAUUUGGUCCGCUGUUCCCUACACCAGGGGAUCAACUCUCCUCUCCGCGAUUGGACCCACAGUCCUCUCCUGAAUUUGGUCCACUGUUCCCUACACCAGGGGAUCGACUCUCCUCUCCGCGACUGGGGCCACUGUCCUCUCCUGUAUUUGGUCCACUGUUCCCUACACCAGGGGAUCGACUCUCCUCUCCCCAAUGGAAGCCACUGUCCCCUACACCAGUGGAGCCACUGUCCUCUCCUGAAUUUGGUCCACUGUUCCCUACACCAGGGGAUCGACUCUCCUCUCCCCAAUGGAAGCCACUGUCCCCUACACCAGUGGAGCCACUGUCCUCUCCUGAAUUUGGUCCACUGUUUCCUUCACCAGGGGAUCGACUCUCCUCUCCCCGAUUGGACCCACUGUCCUCUCCUGAAUUUGGUCCACUAUUCCCUACAGCAGGGGAUCGACUCUCCACUCCCCAAUGGAUGCCACUGUCCCCUACACCAGUGGAGCCACUGUCCUCUCCUGAAUUUGAUCCACUGCUCCCUACACCAGGGGUUCAACCGCCCACUUCCCAAUGGGAGCAACUGUCCCCUACACCAACCAGUAUGCAGGUGACUGCGAUGCCCUCAUCUCUUGCGUUGCAUUCAAACUUCAAAAAAGGCUGCAGCUUUCCUAGUGGUCAGAGAUUGCCGUGUGGUCGUCCUGGGACUACAGCUGCCGAGUGUCUGAGGAGAGGAUGCUGCAGAGACGAGGCGACUUUCGCCUGUUACUACCCCAUGGAUGUAUGUUUGGCCGACAGGCAGUUCAUCUUUGUCGUUCCCUCCAACGUUGCUGGUUUGCCCAUAAACCCUGCACGUCUGAUGGUGGUGGGGAGGAGUAGCUGUAAACCAGUCAUUGCCAACAGAGACUUUGCCGUUUUCAAGUUUGGGGUGACGGAGUGUGGAACACAUUCUUACCAAAUUGGAGAAACAACCGUUUACUUGGCUGAAGUGCAGUCACCAAUCAGGAAGCGCGUCCUGCAGUACGGCAUCAUUACCAGGGAUAUUCCUGUCAGGCUUAUGGUUGAGUGUCGCUACUCAAAGGGCAGUUUGGACCUUGCGGACUCUCCGGUCCUUGCAGACCCUCUGGCGCCGCAGGCUUCUCAAAGCCGUUUGAUGAAGGGCUGGGCUAGUGCUGGAUACAUGGUGAAGAGUGCCAGCCUGCCAGCCUUGGUGAGGGCCAAGGGACUGUAUGGAGUCCAGCUUCGGAUUGCGCAGGAUGAGACCUUCACCAAAUUCUGCUCUGAGGAUCACCAGCCCCUGAAAGUUCUCCUGGGUAAACCUGUGUACCUGGAACUGCGAAUAAACGCUCCCAACCCUAAAGCCACUCUGGUGGUGCACUACUGCGUGGCCUACCCUCGCUCUGCUAAGAGUGCCUUGGUGCUGCUGUAUGAGGGUUGCCCCAACCCUCUCGAUUCCGACAACAUCUCGAUCCUCUACGUGGCCGGCCAAUCGCAGGAUCCCCACGUGCGGCGUUUUGAAGUGAAGGCCUUCCAGUUUAUGGACAAGUCCACCAAUAAAUACCUCAAUGAGGAGAUCUACUUCAUGUGCUCUACCGAGGUCUGUAUGCCGUCCCAGACUCCGUGUAAGGAGACCUGCUUUGAUGGCAAGUCUUCAUCUACCACAGCUGCAGAUGUGUUGAACUCAUAUUCUCAAUUAAAAGUCAAGCACUUUUAAAUUCAA